AUGCUCCUCCUGGAAAACGCACUCGCACGGCCAGUCCACAUCAUUGAAAUGACGAGCCUAUGUCUCUGUCGAAUGAAUGAGAACAUGCAGCCUCAAAACGACGAGCCUCUGCAGCCUCAAAAUGACGAGCCUCCGCAUCCACCAAAUGACGAGCCUCAUCAGCCUCAAAACGACGAGCCUCCGCAUCCACCAAAUGACGAGAACCUGCAGCCUCGAGACAACGAGCCUCCACAUCCACCAAAUGACAAGCCUCUGCAGCCUCAAAACGACGAGCCUCCACAUCUACCAAAUGACGAGCCUCUGCAUCAACCAAAUGACGAGCCCGCUGCAAACCAACCACAGCCACCCAACCCUCCUGGCAUUGAUAUUGAUGAGCUUGAGCAGCUCUCUCGGCUCCCAAAAUUUCACCAAGCUUUCUCAUUUAUUCAAGCGCUUCGUGCAGCAUCUCUUGAUGACCCAGUUGCAAAACUUACACCUGAAGCUCUUGAGAAACUGCGAAAUCCGCCUCAGCAGCCACCUCGUAUCGCAAGUCCAAUUAUUCAUCAUGGUAUCGAGAUGUACUUUCAUCUUGAACAUGCAGCUCAGGCUGCAUAUAAGGGGAUUGCCGAAUUCUGCAGCAAGAAGUUUUCCUGGAGCGGAAGAUAUCCCAUCUUAUCGUGGUGUCGAACGCCUCGUCGCAGAACUUAG